UCGAGUUUCUUGGGCGCUAAUAGGGAAAAAAGUUGAGAUCGUCUCCUCUGGCGAGAAAGGAAUCUUCACGAAGACCUUCAACGCCUACUUGAACUGUGGGGACUUGUACACAGUCGGCGUCAGAGUACAACAUUCGCAGCCUCGUCAUCGGACCCGUGACAGCAGCAUGUGAUACCGCAGCGUCUGUUUCGGGCUCUUUCGUGGUGUACGGAUCAAAAUUGGAGUAGUUUUCCUCUCUUGCACUCUCCAUCAGGUUCUGGACGACGUGUGUGGUGAGGCACAUAGUCGUGUGCGACGAAAGUUAACAUUUGUUCUUUUCAUGCCCGACCACAGUGACGCAGCCGUACCUCUGACGUUCACAACCGGGGAAAGAAAAAAAAAAAGCUUGUGUUCGUGCAUCGUCUUUUCUUCCACCCAGUGCAGCAAUUUGCAGUCUGAUCCAAGCAUCCUCAAAGAGCCUAGAAGAAAGGAUCCCAUUGUCGUUGAAUCUGUUUCCUCAACCUUAACUUCGUCGGGACUAAGUGCCGGAAAACGAAAAUUCAUUUCUGAGAAGUUGGCGAAUGCAAUUCUGCCCCCGAAGAAAUCCAAGGAAAUAGUUGUGUGACGUCAAAGCUAAAGGACUCUGUUUAGCGGCUAAACCGCUUCUUUCCUUAGAGCCAGACUGUGACUGCCUUUAAGACAAAAGCACUACUUGAACGCAGAAGACAGGACAGAGAGCGCCUGUAUAUGUGCAAACCUUGGUGCGUUGCACGGUGACUGCAGUGAGCAUGUGAUAUAAUGGACUUCUACAAACCCUUGGCCACAGGAGGUCCGGUAGAAUGAAGUCUGUCAAGCAGUUCUUGCAUUCGUUCGGAGCGAAUGGCAAGAGCCCGGAUAGGCUCAAGUUCCCUUCUGAAGAUGGCCCGGUUACAACCCUCGACGUGCGUCCAGACAUUUUGGUCUCAACUAAGAAGGAUUUUUCAAUCAAGAAUAGCUGCCUGCCGGAGGCUCCAGGUAUCAGGAUGGCCACGAAUGCCAGUGGCAAGCCGUUUCCUGUGAUCUGCAACGUGCGAUCAAAGGACUUAAAGGCUUCGAAGUUAGCAACAAGGAACGAAGCGUCUCCUCCUCGUUCUAAUGGCGUUCGAACUUUCAGGAAAUGCGCUUCAGGUAUAAGUGCCGGCGUUGUGGAAAGUGAAAGUCAGGAAGGAACGCCCGUCCACGCCAUAGCACGUCAGCCGGUCACUCUGCGCGUGUCUUCUGUUCCUUCGAGGCAGGAUCACCUGUGUUCAGGGCGUUCCCUGGUUCCACCGCCUAUGGUAACUGCGGCGCUUGCAAAGAGGCGCGUUGACGAAUCCAAGAUCGAACCGGAGAAGAACGUAUCUCAGGAUGGUGGCACGAAAGGCCAAAGUACCUAUUCCGGUGUUCGGAUGUUGAAGAGGGCCGUCACCGAACGAACGCUGCUCAACGAAUGCGCGACACGGGGGGACCACAACGUAAGUGGUCUGCCCCAGCAGGACGGCCUUGCCCUGACGAGGAUACCGAGGUUUACUGCGGCUCCCCCACCCGCCAUACCGCCUCGCGUGCAAAAGCCAGUGGCCCAAAAGCCAGCUAUACUUCGACGCAGUACGAGCGACAUUUCGCAGAAAGGCGGCGCUUCAAACGGUGGCGCUCACAUCAGUGAGCGACAUAGUGGACGCCCAGCGGCCGGCGGCGCAGAGGUGGCUAAGGUUUCACUGAAGCCAGCGGCCAGUUUCACCGCCCCGAAGACAAACGAUGGCGCGGUAACUGAGGCGCAGCUUGCGCCACCAUGUCUCGAAGACGGAGGCAGUGAGUCAAGCAGCUCGCAAGCCGAGAGAGCGAGUGCAGCAGAAUCGGAAGAAGCGUCCCCUGCCACGACGAAGAUUCCCGGGGCCAAAGGAAAGUCGAAGAGCCGCUGCCAAAGACGCAUCUGGAGCUUCAGUCUUCCGCGAUUUAUGCGCUCUCAUUCUUCGCCCAAGCUGAACACGGACUCCAUUCCCGGUGAGGAAUCGCGAAGCUCCACUCUGCCGCGACUAAAAUCGACUGAUGACGCUGACCUUUCGGCAGUAGGAAAGGGCAGCAGUCCACAUCUGUUCAAGAUCACGUCCCUCACGUCGCUUCACGACUUGCCAGGUCAUACGCCGCCCAAAACAUGCUUCAGUCAGGGCGACAUCAACCAGACGACGACCUCGACGAAGACGACGGAAGGCCAACGUAUCGUGAAUCGGCAGCAGGACGAAGACAUUCGCUCGGGCAAUGGGGUUUCUCAAGAAGCCAAGAAGUCGUGCUCCCUAGCCGAAAGUCACUCCAGUUCCGACAACGGAACAGAUAACGGCUGCCCCGAGAGGCCUUACGUAAUGCCUCCGAGAGCUCUCAGGAAGUACAUCAAAACCAAUUUCCGCAGGCUGAACAUGCAAGAUGGGGUUGAAGCCGACACUGUAAAGAAGGACGGCGACGCGGCCCUGAAGAUUAUCGCCAAAGAAGAUCCAAUUCCGCAGCAGGCAUUGUCUGCGACUUCCGAGAAAGACGUCGAAUCUCUCCCAAGCAGGUCAUCACUGUCCUCCUGUUCCGACAAUGCGAGAACUGUACCAAACGAUAUUCUAGAACAAGAGCGUGAUUCCAAAGAACCGGAAGUUUCUAUCGAUUCUCUAGCCAAAGUUACGGAGCAGAUUGUCGCCGAUCACUCUCAUACAGCUAGUCACACCAAAGAAAACAGCGAAGAAUGCUUGUCGAAGACACAUCCGUCAUUACUCAGUGCUCAUAGGCUCUCACCGCCAAUGACUUGUUUCGACGUGGAUGCAGAAGUCUUCUCUGAACACGCGGACAUUCACAGGGCUAUACCUGCGACAGUAAGGCUAAUCACUGCUGCCAACGCAGCGUUAUCCGUAUUGGAUUCUCCCGGUCAAGGCGCCACGCCUACUCCUCGGGUAGCGGACGCGGAAACUGGCGGUGCAGGUUGCGAGCCUCCCGUGAGAGUUCUCGCAACUUCCGCGGGAAUUGCGUGCUCGCCAUCUCUCGACGUGAGUGACAGCAGCACGCAAGGUCCGCUCGCUCGCCUUUCAACUACGGGUAUCAGUGAAGACGGCUGCGCUUCCACGACGGACAGCGCACCGCUUGCGAACGGCGCCCCGGACGUACCCGAGGAGCUGGAGAGGCAGGUGGACGGCGCCAGCUGCAGCGAGAGCCUCUCCUCGUUCGAGUCGGAGGUGGCGCUGCCCGACAGGCAGGAGAGAAAGGCGCAUGGAGGAGGCCACACUAGGAAACUAAGGGUGCUGGACAGGCCCACGUGUGGCGCAGGCGCUGCUGUGGCUCGCAAUAAGUGCAGCGGAGGAGUAGCGGCGGGCUCGGGCAUCGGCUGCUGCUGCUCGGGUGCAUCGGCCUGCAGCAACUCCCGGUCGUCCCGGGCCGCCGCCAACAUCAACAACAAGAGGCACUCGUGCGGCGACCGCGUCCGACAGCUGGAGAACGACGUGUGGCAGGCCGAGCGGGAACUGCUGCUCAUCAAGGAAAAGCUACUCAGGGGCCACGGAAGGCAUAGUUCCAGGCCUACGGACAAGUCAAAGAGCGACCGGGAGAAAGGCGGCGGCAGCCAUCGCGCAAAUGGAACAGUGAAGGUUGCAACGGAGUCAACAGAAGUUCAAUGCGACGCUUCCUCAAACCCAGAAUCUAGUCCCUUCCUUCACGUUCAAGAUGAACUGCUCUCAAAAGUUCCAGGCGCAGAAGGCGAUGCCACGAGACGGGUCCACGAAGAAAACUUGCUGCUUCAACAGGAACUCAAGGAGAAAUGCGACUUGCUCUCUAAGCUUGAGGAGGAACUGGACCACCGUGACGACGCCACCGCGCUUGAGGCGCUGGACCGGACGACAACGCCCCUGUCGCUUAACCACCGCCCGCAGCAGCGGGAGGAGCUUCGCGUGACGCAAGAGGCCCUGAGCAGCCUGCGGCAGUGCUUCAGGCUGGACGACCCCUACCAACACACGCUGGACACCAUCGAGCAGUCGUUGUGCACGCUGCUCGAACGAGUCACCUGCAUGGAGAAAAUGGCCGCAGCAGCCACCGCUUGUCCUUCCACGGGUUCCCUUAGUGCUGCAUCUGCGCGUCGACUGAACUUCGACUCGACGGGUGACCCACGGCGGCUACCAAUCACAACGUUAGAAGACUUUCCCGGCUACCGCACCGACCCUCCAACAUCCCUCGGCCAAUGCUCUCAACCGGCGAGCACCAAGGUGAUCUACUACACAGAGAGGUCGGUCACCCCGUUCCUGUCGGCCAUACCCAAAAGGCUCAGCGACAUUCGACUUCGAGACUUCAAAGUAGUGUUUGAUCGUCCCGGCCAGUACAGAUAUCAUUUCAAGACACUCGAUCCCGAGUUUGGAAUGGUCAAAGAGGAAGUCCUUCACGAUGAUGAUCGUGUACCUGGCUGGGACGGCAAGAUCGUUGCUUGGAUAGAGGAGGACAUCUGAGGAACUGCACUGCCAUGUUUCUCCUUCGCUCAGGCAUCGCGUCAAUUCAUCUGUACAUAGCGCAUCAUUGUCUCCCAAACGUGUGCCUACAAUCACUACCAGUUGUUCCGUUCCGACUUGCACGGUUUGUAACUUAUUGAAAGUGCGAGUUAGUUGCUUGUUAACCGAGUCGUGCGUGUGCGUGCCCACUGGUUAUCCAAGGCCUAUAUAUUGUUUUAUUAUGUCGAGUUGGGGUUUUUUUUUUUCGAAAAACAAAGUUCCGGUGACCUCGGAAUACGUGCCGUAACGAGAUUUCGUUUACAGUCUAAGCUGCUCUACUGUAACGUUCACACACAGAAAAACAAUAGGGAUUCUCCAGCACCAUCAAGCUAUACGCGCUGUCUCGCUCCUUCACCCGAAAACGCUCUUCGUAGUUAAACCUAACGGCAGCUGCGGCUUGCUAUAGAAUAAAGAAGCUUAUACGCGAAUUCCGCAUCGCAGGCAGAAGUUCCUGCUGUUUACGUUUUUUCGGUGCCGGGAAAAUAACUCACAGUAGCCUGUCGUGAACCGGAAUCAACAGUGGCAAGCAAAAAAAGUUUACAAAAAAUUUAAGGCGGACAUUCGUCAAGCACUCUUUUAGCUCAUGGCUGCAACGGCACGACUAAAGUCAAGGACGAACAGGAGGGGGGAACGCCACACAGCUCUCACUAUCAACUGAAGUUUACUGAAGGAAAACGAACAAUAUAGGAAGACUAAGUGUCGCGUGGCAUCAAACCCCUCACUUCAGAGAAAUUCGCUACAAAAAAAAAAAACUUCAGGUUAAAAUAGUAAAAAAAGGUAACUUCAGGUAAUAUAGUCAGCACCGUAUUUGAUGUUCUCUCUUUCAUGUCCUUAGUUGCAGUCUUGCAGCCAUGAACAUAUAUUAACCGGGCUCUUUUAGCUUUAAGUUUCAAACUAAACUGCGUGAAGUUUCCUUGCUUUCCUUGGACAGGGCGUUGACGUUUGCUGUGAGAAUUGGUUCUCAUGCUGAUGCUGGGUGACACUGCUUUCUUGAAGCGAUUGCGUCAAAUAAAGCAUGACAGUCACAUGAACGAUUAGCAUCACAUUCAAAGAGGUGCGCCUUCGCAAAAUAAAAUUGUGAGACCUUCUUUUUUUUUUUUAUGAAGAAACGAGCUUGCGUUCAGAAAACCACGUCGGCACAGCCACGUCACCAGAGUGCGGGCAAUGUGCCACCAUUUAAUAGUUCUGUCAUACUUGAGAAGCUCCUCAAAACUUUGCUAUUUUUGUUUCCAUGUGUCGCCUGCAGGAGCAUGUUUCAUAUUGGAACGGUUCGUAUUUAUGGCCUUGAAGAACGCGCUGUUAAUAAAGCCAAGUGCAAUUUUUCGAAGUCACUGCAUGACGUGACAAUAAAUAAAUAAAUAAAAAAAACUUUCAUUUACA